AUGUCGAAGACGCGAGUUGAAACGAAGGAGAAACAGAGGAAACACGUUCCAGGCAACUUUAUAGGCUCUCAGAAGAAUCUAUCACUAUGGCAUCCUGCCCAGGCAACGCGCCAGCCACCUGUUAGUGACGCGAGACACUUGGUGAAGGAGAAGUUAAUAGUCGAGGUUUGUAGACAACACCCUGAAGCCUGA